AUGCCUCCUCAAGGGCAAACUGGUGGCUCCUGGGUCCUGUAUGAAACAGAUGCUGUGAACGUGGACACAGAGGCCCCGGUUAUCGUACCUCCAUCGGCCGAAAAAAGGGAAUGGAAGAUUGUAUGGAGAAACGUCAUCCUGAUGGGAUUGCUCCACAUUGGAGGAGUUUAUGGAGCAUACCUCUUCCUUACUACAGCUAUGUGGCGAACGAGUUUAUUUGCUGUGUUCUUGUACAUAUGCUCUGGUCUGGGCAUCACCGCCGGUGCGCACAGGCUAUGGGCUCACAAGUCAUACAAAGCUCGCCUGCCACUGCGAAUUCUUCUUACUCUCUUCAAUACCUUGGCCUUCCAAGAUGCCGUAAUCGACUGGGCCCGCGAUCAUCGGAUGCAUCACAAGUACUCCGAAACCGAUGCUGAUCCUCACAAUGCGACUCGAGGCUUUUUCUUCUCCCACGUCGGAUGGCUGCUGGUCAGGAAACACCCGCAGAUCAAGGCUAAAGGACACACUAUUGACCUGAGCGAUCUUAAGAAUGAUCCCAUUCUGCGCUUCCAAAAGAAACACUAUCUGAUCCUUAUGCCUCUGGUCUGCUUCAUCCUGCCGUGCUACAUCCCGACCCUGUGGGGCGAAUCUCUGUGGAAUGCAUACUUCGUGUGCUCCAUCUUUCGUUACGUCUACGUAUUGAACGUGACUUGGCUGGUGAACUCCGCUGCCCACCUGUGGGGCGCCAAGCCUUACGAUAAGAACAUCAACCCGGUGGAAACCAAACCCGUCUCCCUCGUGGUGCUCGGCGAAGGAUUCCACAACUAUCAUCACACUUUCCCUUGGGACUACAAGACCGCUGAACUCGGAGACUACUCCCUCAACCUUACCAAAUUGUUCAUAGAUUUCAUGGCCGCUAUCGGAUGGGCAUAUGACCUCAAGACUGUAUCUUCGGAUGUUAUCCAGAAACGCGUGAAGAGAACCGGUGACGGUAGCCACGCGGUGUGGGGCUGGGACGACCACGAGGUACAUCAGGAGGACAAGGAAUUAGCUGCAAUUAUUAACCCAGACAAGACUGAAUAA